GGUCAGGUAGGUAAUGGCCCGCCUUCCCGUCUUCCCUCGCUCUUCUUCCUACUACUACUGCUCUCCCCCUCUCCCUCUCUCAUUCACUCUCUACCUACUCUCACUACGCUUCCUCCCAUACAAUUCUCUCUCCCAUACAAAAAAGUACUGCAUAUACCGCACUGGUCAAAUUUGCGACCUUCAAAUCCACAACUUCGCGUUCUUUCAGAGUCAAUUAUUGAAGCUCAAUAAUCAAAAUGCCCAAGGAGAAGACCACCCGCAAGACCAAGCCCCGUGGCACUGAGCGCAGAAAGAAGGACCCCAACGCUCCCAAGCGUGGUCUCUCUGCCUACAUGUUCUUCGCCAACGACAACCGUGAGAAGGUUCGCGAGGAGAACCCUGGCAUCUCUUUCGGCCAAGUCGGCAAGAUGCUCGGAGAGCGGUGGAAGGCUCUGAGCGACACUGACCGUCGCCCUUACGAGGAGAAGGCUGCCGCUGAUAAGAAGCGUUACGAAGACGAGAAGGCCAGCUACAACGCGGCUGCUGAGGAGGACGAGGAAUCAUCCUAAGGGUUUCCCUCUCUUCAUGGGUCUUGUGUGUCUGGCCGAUUGGCGUUUUUCGUGUCGUUUAUUCCGCUGAUUGUCUGCCUUGUAAUUGAUGCUUCUUAUAUUUUCUCUUUAUCUACUCAACGGCUUCUGGUAUGGGAUGAUGGCGGUAACUCUUGAUUUUCUGUUAUGAAGGAUUCUCGAUGGGAAAUUUUUACUGUACGGACUGGCGGCUUUGGGACGAAUUUGACUUGAAGAGGUGCCCGGCGCUGAAUUUCAGAACGACGGGAAAACCUUGCGAGUACCUAUGGUGAAAUAUGAAUUGUAGCUGCAGAAGUGAUGUUAGGCGACCAAUAUCUGCUGUAUACUAGCCUAAUCAACCACAUCCUUGUCCUCGGCCUUUCGUGGAUUUCGCCUUUUGGCAUCCUAUUUCCGAGUAUGAUAUCAUGACGAAUACAUGCCCCAGUUGUGGUGUUCAUAGCGUUGCAGGACACUUUGUUUUCAUCUUCUGG